UAAUAUUUGAAACGGUUUCGAAUCAAUUAUUUAAAUAUUGUAAUAAUGUGCGGGGUGUAGAGUAAGACGACUUUAUCUUCAAAGACGUAAAAUCAACUUUAGUUAUUAAAUAAGACUAGAAUAUUUAUGAAGAUAAUUUUAUCUUUUUUUGUGAUAACGAUGCUAUACUCACGUGAUAUUUUAAUGAAAUUAAACUGGAUCUGUGAUCAAAUUUUGUAAUAAGUUUUUUUUUCGUUUUAUUUAAAAUUAAAUGAUAUAUUAAACAAUAUGAUAAAAUUAGACACAUCUUAUAGUUUGGGUUCAAUUAUUGAGACAAAUUUUUUAGGAAUCGCUAAUGAUGCUAAGAUAGAUAAUGUUAUUGUAACAUUGUCCAAAAACAUGGUUACUUGUUUUCACGUAUCUAAUCAAAAUCAAGUGUAUUGUUGGAGCAGUUCUGAUAAAUUAUCCUCUGAAGUGAUUUAUGAUCCAUUUAGUGAUUUUUAUUAUGGGGUUUUCAAUUAUACAAGAAUUGGAAGAUGGUCUCGCGAUUCAUUAUCUUUAAAAGACAUGAAAAAAUACAAUUUUAAUAACAAAAUAAUAAAACUUUUGACUCGAUCUGAUUAUCAAAAUACUAUAGUGGUUUUUGAAAAUGGCUGUUGUGAAUGUUUAAAAGAUGCCAUUAGGAAUAGAAAAAAUAUAAAAACUGCUGUCUUGGGUGAAAAUGAAAAUAUUGAGUUUUCUAAGUUAUGCUUAUUCAGAGCCAAAGCUAUUUGUGUAAUUGUUUCUGUUGAUAAUAAAAAAGUGAAGACAUUAAAUACUAUACCAUUGGAUAAUGCAUUUAUACCAAUAAGAUUACAGAUAACUAGUAGAAAGAAAAAGUUACUAGGUUAUUGUUUAAGAGAAAAUUUAGAUUCUUUUAGUGUAUUAACAUUAUGGUCUGAUAAAUGUUUAUAUUCUCAUGAAUUGUAUGCUGAAUCUGAAAGCAGUGAAUACCCCGGGAAAUUAUGUGCUAAAAUUGACUUAAUUAACUCAGAUAAAGCUGUAACUAUUGUUCAGUUGAGCCAAGAUUGUAUUGCAUUUUAUGGAGCUGAACCAAAUGGAGAAGGAGCUGCUUUGAUUGUGUAUAAUUUUCAUUACAAUAUGGUAGUUUCUGUACAACAUUUUAAAAACUACAAUAAUCCUCCAAAUCUAUGGUGUUUUGGAAAUAAUUUACUCUUAGCAACUGGUCAAAAUUUAGCUAUUGUACCUUUUACAUGCGAAAGAAAUAAUUUAUCAUUGCUCAUGGACAAUAAUUUGAUGGAAAAAAAUGAACACUAUGUUGAUAUAGAAUGGGAUAUGUAUGCUAAACAAAAUAGUAGUGACAAAAAUAUUUCAAAUUCAGCAUUACCUCAGUCUAAAUUAAAUGAAAUAACUAUUUGUGAUUUUUUAAAAAACAACCAAGAAGAAUCAUUGAUACAUAUUUUAGAAGAAAAUAAUGAUAUUAGUGAUAAUUCAAUAGUAGAGAUAUUAUUAUAUUGUAGCUCCAAUCCAGAAAAACAUUCGAAACUCUUGUUAAAAGUUUUUGCUUAUCCUCCUUUAAAUAAGCCACUCAGUUUAAGAGGUCAAAUUCCUUUUGAAAAUAUAUUGAACCUUUUAAAGAUAUUGCAUUCUCUUAUAAAAAAAAAAGUUAUUGAAGAAAGAUUAAUAGAUUGGAUCACAUUAAUAAUAGAUUGCUCAUAUCAACAAAUACUAUUGUCUAAUGAUCCAAAUGUUCUUGAACUUAUCAUAGAGUUGCAAAAAGAUGUUACUCAUAAAUGUGAUUAUGCAGAAGCAUUGAAAAAUGUGAACAAUACUUUAGCUGUCAUUCAUAAUAAUAGUGUAAAUAGAAAAAACCGUUCGGAUGAACCUGUUAAUAAUUUAUAUAAAAUUGAAACAAUAAAUUUAUACUGAACUGUCUUAAACAUUUAA